CACUUGUAAAAAAACAAGACCCAAACAGAGACCCGACUCAUCUCUCUUUCUCUCGCAUUCUCAUAUAGCUAAAAAUAACUAAUUUGCAAGCGUUGCCUACCACUCGUUGUCUCGCCAUCUUCAUAUACCUUGUACAGAACGAAAACGUUCUUUCUCACUUUCUUACUCUUCUCUAACUUUCUAGAAAAACCCACUUGUUUGUUUUAAGAUCUUUGUAAUUUCUUGGUGACCUUUUUUUCCCCCCUUCUAUUCGUUAAUGGGUUAGAUAAAUUUCUCUCUGUUUCCUGUUUUCUUCAAAUGGAGUGGGACAGCAAUUCGGAUCUGAGCGGUGAUGAAGAUGAGGGUUUCACGUUCAACGAUGGUGAUGGUGGUGGUCCGCUUCCUUUUCCCGUUGGGAAUUUGAUUCAAACGGCGCCGUGUGGGUUUGUUGUCACUGAUGCACUUGAGCCUGACCAUCCUAUUAUUUAUGUCAAUACCGUUUUUGAGAUGGUUACUGGCUAUCGAGCUGAGGAAGUGUUGGGGCGUAACUGCCGAUUCUUGCAAUGUAGAGGACCAUUUGCCAAAAGAAGGCAUUCACUAGUGGACUCCACAGUUGUUGCAGAAAUAAGAAGGUGCCUUGAAGAGGGAAUUGAAUUCCAAGGUGAAUUAUUGAACUUCAGAAAAGAUGGAUCUCCCCUAAUGAACAGGUUGCGGCUUACUCCUAUAUAUGGAGAUGAUGAAACAAUUACUCAUGUUAUCGGAAUCCAGUUCUUCACAGAAGCAAAUAUUGAUCUGGGGCCCGUGCCUGGUUCUUCAAUAAAGGAGUCUCUAAAAUCAGCUGAUAAGCUUCGUUUUGGUUUUUCCACCUACCGUCCUACUCCAGCAGGGGAUCGCAAUGUUUGUCGUGGGUUUUGUGGGAUACUGCAGUUGAGCGAUGAGGUGAUAUCUCUUAAGAUACUUUCACGUUUAACUCCAAGAGACAUUGCAUCUAUUGGAUCAGUGUGUAGGCGACUCUAUGAACUGACGAAGAAUGAGGACCUUUGGAGAAUGGUUUGUCAGAAUGCUUGGGGUAGUGAAACAACUCGUGUUUUGGAAACUGUUCCUGGUGCAAAGAGACUUGGAUGGGGCCGCCUUGCAAGAGAAUUGACGACUCUUGAAGCAGCAGCUUGGAGAAAGCUAACUGUUGGAGGUGCUGUUGAACCCUCAAGAUGCAAUUUUAGCGCUUGUGCAGUAGGAAAUCGGGUUGUCCUUUUUGGUGGGGAAGGUGUUAACAUGCAACCGAUGAAUGACACAUUUGUACUGGAUUUGAACUCCAGCAACCCUGAGUGGCAACAUGUGCAAGUGAGCUCCCCUCCUCCUGGACGGUGGGGUCACACCCUCUCUUGUGUUAAUGGGUCUCAUUUGGUGGUUUUUGGAGGUUGUGGAAGGCAAGGCUUACUCAAUGAUGUCUUUGUUUUGGACUUGGAUGCCAAGCCUCCAACUUGGCGUGAGAUUUCUGGAUUGGCUCCACCACUUCCACGAUCAUGGCACAGUUCCUGCACUCUUGAUGGCACCAAGCUGAUAGUCUCAGGUGGGUGUGCAGAUUCUGGGGUACUUCUUAGUGACACAUUUCUGCUUGAUCUAUCAAUGGAAAAACCAGUCUGGAGGGAGAUACCAGUAGCAUGGACCCCACCUUCACGGCUGGGUCAUACUCUUUCAGUUUAUGGUGGCAGGAAGAUAUUGAUGUUUGGGGGUUUGGCUAAGAGUGGUCCACUUCGAUUCCGUUCCAGUGAUGUUUUCACUAUGGAUCUAAGUGAGGAGGAGCCUUGUUGGAGGUGUGUAACUGGGAGCGGAAUGCCUGGUGCUGGAAACCCAGGUGGCAUAGCUCCUCCUCCAAGGCUUGAUCAUGUAGCUGUGAGCCUUCCAGGUGGUAGAAUCCUGAUAUUUGGUGGCUCAGUUGCUGGUCUUCAUUCUGCUUCCCAACUUUAUCUUUUGGACCCUACCGAUGAAAAACCUACGUGGAGGAUUCUAAAUGUACCAGGGCGACCUCCACGUUUUGCCUGGGGACAUAGUACAUGUGUGGUAGGAGGGACAAGGGCAAUAGUCCUUGGCGGUCAAACUGGCGAGGAGUGGAUGCUAAGUGAGCUCCAUGAGCUGUCCUUGGCUAGCUCUGUUAUCUGAUUCACAAAAAUAAAAAGAGUAUUUGAAAAGCUGAGGCAAAGGAAUCACCUGAAGCCUUAAAUUUCUGGACUGUGAGAUCAUUUCUUGGAAACUCAGUUGAAACUGUUGUUUCAGUCACUAAUAACUCUUGACAAAUGUUGGUUUGGUCAGGACCUUUUGUAUUAGGUGAUUGUCAAUUAUUGCAUAUCCUUCUUGUGCAAGGUUGUUCUGGCUGUCCAGGUGAACUUCCAUAAGGUGACUUGAAACUCGUUUUUUUUUUUUUUUUUUUUUUUUUUUUUUUUUUUUUU